AUGGGUCGUCUGGCCUCGGGUCGGGCCGCCUCCAUUGUUUCUUGCUUGCUCCUUCUGUUCUCCUCCGGGAACUCCUUCUAUCUCCCCGGAGUUACGCCGCGCGAUUUUCAAAGGGGGGAUGAACUUCAAGUCAAAGUCAACAAGCUAUCUUCUACUAAGACACAACUCCCAUAUGACUUCUAUUUCUUGAAAUACUGCAAGCCAGAAAAAAUCCAGAAUGUUGGUGAAAACCUGGGAGAGGUUCUUCGAGGUGACCGCAUAGAGAAUUCAGUUUAUGUUUUUCACAUGAGGGAUGAGCAGUCUUGCAAAGUAGCUUGCAAAGUUCAUCUUGAUGACCAGGCUGCAAAGGAUUUCAAGGAGAAGAUUGAUGAUGAGUACAGAGUCAAUAUGAUUCUAGAUAACCUUCCAGUUGCAGUGCUCAGGCAAAGAAGAGAUGGAAUCGAAACAACAACUUAUGAGCAUGGCUUUCGUGUUGGGUUCAAAGGGAAUUAUGCUAGGAGCAAUGAGGAGAAAUAUUUUAUUCAUAACCACCUAAGCUUCAGAGUUAUGUAUCACAAAGAUCCUGAAACUGAUUCUGCCCGAAUAGUUGGAUUUGAAGUUUCUCCAGUCAGCAUUAAGCACGAGUACAAAGAGUGGGAUGAUAAGAACCCUAAUGUCCCCACCUGCAACCAGAACACCAAAAACUUGGUUCAGGGGAACACUGUUCCCCAAGAAGUGGAUAAAGACAAAGAUAUUGUAUUUACUUACGAUGUUACUUACAAGGAAAGUGAAAUUAAGUGGGCUUCCCGGUGGGAUACCUAUCUUCUGAUGAAUGAUGACCAAAUCCACUGGUUCUCAAUAAUAAACUCUUUAAUGAUCGUCCUCUUCCUAUCUGGUAUGGUUGCCAUGAUUAUGAUGAGAACAUUGUAUAAAGAUAUCGCCAACUACAACCAAUUGGAAACCCAAGACGAAGCUCAGGAAGAAACUGGAUGGAAGCUCGUUCAUGGGGAUGUCUUCCGGGCCCCGGUAAACUCUGGGCUGCUGUGUGUUUAUGUGGGGACUGGUGUUCAGAUCUUUGGAAUGACACUUGUCACGUUGAUAUUCGCGUUGCUCGGUUUUCUGUCUCCUUCCAGCCGUGGUGCGCUCAUGUCAGUCAUGCUCCUGUUGUGGAAUUUCAUGGGCUUAUUUGCUGGCUACUCAUCGUCUCGUCUUUAUAAAAUGUUCAAGGGUUCUGAAUGGAAAAAAAUCACCUUAAAAACAGCCUUUUUGUUCCCGGGGGUUCUGUUUUCCAUCUUCUUUGCGCUGAAUGCUCUCAUUUGGGGAGAAAAAUCGUCCGGGGCUGUGCCCUUCGGUACAAUGUUUACCCUGGUGUGUUUAUGGUUUGGGAUAUCUGUGCCGUUGGUAUUUUUUGGUAGCUAUGUCGGUUUCCAAAAACCCGCCAUUGAGGAUCCCGUCAAAACCAAUAAAAUUCCGAGGCAGAUACCCGAGCAGGCCUGGUACAUGAAGCCGAUACUCUCUAUACUAAUUGGGGGCAUUCUUCCAUUUGGGGCCGUUUUCAUUGAAUUAUUCUUUAUCCUGACUUCCAUUUGGCUGAAUCAGUUCUACUACAUCUUUGGUUUCCUGUUUAUAGUCUUCGUGAUCUUGAUAAUCACUUGUGCAGAGAUCACGAUCGUUUUAUGCUAUUUCCAGUUGUGCAGUGAGGACUACAACUGGUGGUGGAGGGCUUAUUUCACCUCCGGCUUGUCUGCUUUUUACCUUUUCCUGUACUCGGCCUUUUACUUCUUUACCAAGCUGGAGAUUACUAAGCCGGUCUCAGGUAUUCUGUACUUUGGGUACAUGUUUAUUGCUUCGUAUGCUUUCUUCGUAUUGACGGGGACAAUCGGGUUCUUUGCAUGCUUCUGGUUCGUUCGGAAGAUAUAUUCAUCAGUGAAGAUCGAUUGA